CUCCUCCGCGGAUUUCUCCACAUCACCGAUCUGCUACGAAUCCGCCUAACCUGGAGAAGAAGCACUGAGUCGCGCAAUGGGCAUGUUAGCCUCAUGAAGGUCGGUUUUUAUCCCAAUGGCGGACAAUCAGCCCUCUCCCGAUUACUCCCGCCCUCAGUUUCCUGCUCAUAAUGAGCCGCGGGUGUGGGUUAUCACGGCCGGGGAUUCCCCCAUCGGCAUCUCUGUGACGCGCCAGAUUUUAAUGCAUGGCGACUAUGCCCUGGUCGGACUGGCGCAUUCGAACCUGGAUCGCGAUGAAUGUCGUCGCGAUAUGUUCGAUGCUUUUCUCGCAGAAAUUGAAAGCAAUGAAGGUUGGGGGAAGCGAUUCAAGGCACUGCCUCUGGACAUAAGGAUGGUCGGCGAGUGCCAGGCCAUAGUGGCGCAAGCAGUCGCUUCGUUUGGCAGAGUAGACGUUCUUCUAUGCUGUACCAGCCAAGCCCUCAUCGGAACAGUGGAAGAGCUCUCGGCCUCACAACAAACACUGAAUCUCGUCCGAGACCAGUUUGAGAGCAACUAUUUCGGACCACUCAACAUCAUCAAAGCAGCGCUGCCGCACAUGCGAAGGCAAAAGGCAGGGCACAUCACGAUCCUCUCCGGCAUCAGUAAGCACAACUCCUACCUCCCACAUACACCCAUACAGGAUCUAACCAAACGAACAGCCGCUCACAUAGGUACACCCGGACUGGGAAUGUACUGCGCAGCCGGAUGGGCUCUCGAAGGCUUUUGCGACAGCCUCGCAUACGAGAUCGCCCCAUUCAACAUAAAACUCACCAUAUUCCAAUGCAGCAUCGAGAUUGGUAUCCUCACAAACCUAGUAACCAGCGUUCCACCCAUAGGACCCGUAUACUCGUCCGCAGCUAACCAGGCACCACUAUUCCGCGGGAUUAUGAACCGACUCGUCUCACGUCUGUCGAGCAACACGCAAUCAUCCGCAGAGUCAUCUAAUGGAUCGAACCAAGGGAACUCUGUUGAAGAUGGUCCAUUCUCGGCCUCGGAGGUCAUAUCAACGUAUCCUCCGCUCAGUUCGGCGCAUAUGGAGGUGCUGGUGAGUGAAACUGUCUAUGCUAUCACAGCUAUCGCCGGCCACGAGAAUCCCCCGUCACGACAUAUUGUGGGACAGGAGGGUGUGGCGAGUGUCAAGGAGAAGCUUAAGACGGUUAGUGAAGAGCUGGAGGACUUUAUUCAGGCGAGCUUUGCUGUGGAUUAUGCUGCUGAUGAGGCUGGUCGGUCGUCCAAGGACGAAGGUAUGAUUAUGGGUAUGGGUGCUGGUCAUGAGGGAUUUUAAUGGUAACGCAUGAUAUCUUGUGUUUCUUGAUGUGUUUUGGAUAGUUUUUUAGGUAAUAUUAUGAAUGAGGAGUCCGCUCAUGUGUAUGGUAGAGGUAUCAUGAGGGACUUGUACUAACUAUGUUGGCGACACCGCCAUGAUCUGGAAGGAAUGUCCAAACCGGGAGAAAGUAAAGCAUAUUAGUAUGCUGGAGUGUACAUAGAAAGGACCAGCCAUCCUAUUUACUUCCCAGCACGUUGAAACCAAGCUUGUCUCACCUCCCAUAAACUACCCAUAUCCUGAUUAUUCCGAUACGCACGGAACUCUUUCCAAGCAUUCCCAUUAGGAAUGUCCGUAAUACGACCAUCGACUUCUAUAAUCUUCGAGGCAAGUGAAGUAAGCCCCUGAAUAUUU